AGUGGCGUGACUUGGGGCAGCUGUGUAUAUUCGACGAAAUACUAUAACCCCCCGAACACUUCUUCAAAACUGUAACCCAUGUGCUGUAGUUGCUAGUUUAGCAUCGGGGCCGUUGAGGUCAUAUAUUCGCUAAUCUUUUGGUCAUCACUUUUUCAUUUUUAAUUCUACAACAAUAAUCCUGCCCAAGAUUAUUUGAAUAUUAACAAACAUGCCCCCGACCACGACAAACUCGACUAUCGGGGAGACGAUAAAAUCGGUAUCAGAUCCAUCAUCCAAUGGUGAUCUUAAAGAAAAAAGUGACGUCAAACCUGGACUUUAUGAUAACAUAGAACUUCAAAAACCAUCGAAAUUGGGACCUUUUGAAUUUGAAAAUGAAUUAUUAUGGAAUUACAUUAUUUUCUUUGUUGUUUGGCACAGUAUAGCAAUUUAUGCAGCCCUCACAUUCCCUUAUUUCACUCACAAAUUAACAGCACUAUGGAUGUUGGGAGUCUAUACUUAUACAAAAAUUGGAGAAACGGCUGGUGCUCAUCGUUUAUAUGCACAUAGAUGUUACAAAGCAAAAACACCUUUGAGAGCGUUGUUGCUCCUCUUUUAUUAUUCCAAUGGCACGUUUACAAUUAGCAAUUGGGUAAAACUUCAUCGAAUUCAUCAUAAAUAUGCUGAGACGGAAGCUGAUCCAACAAAUUCAAAUCGUGGAUUUUUCUUCGCACACAUUGGUUGGUUGAUGAUGAAGAAACACCCGGAAAUGAUUAGACGUAAGCGUCAAGUCGAUAUUAGUGAUAUUAAAGCUGAUCCCCUCGUACGAUUUGGAGACAAGUAUUUCAGAGUUUGGAAAUAUUUGUUGUGCUUCAUUCUUCCCACUGUUGUGCCAGUUUAUUGUUGGAAUGAAAGUUGGUACUAUGCAAUUUUGUCACAAUGCUUUAUUCGUUACGUUUUUCAACUAAAUGUGACAUUCAGUGCAAACAGCUUUGCCCACUUAUGGGGUCAUAAAAAACCCUACGACAAGAACAUUGCUCCAACGGAACACAAAGCAGUCUCCAUUGUAACUAUGGGCGAGGGGUGGCAUAAUUAUCACCACACAUUCCCUUGGGAUUAUAAGGCGGCUGAACUUGGCGACUAUGGAAUGAAUGUAACGACUGGUUUUAUCGACCUUUGCGCUAAACUUGGAUUGGCAUACGAUUUAAAGCAACCCUCUAAGGAUUUAAUCAAAUCAGUUUGCAAGAACAAAGGAGAUGGCACUCAUCCUGUGUGGAAAGAGGUUCCCGAACCAAUUGCAUCUCACUAAAAAAAACAAAAAAAAAAAAAACUUUCCAUAAUGAAAAAAAAAAAUCUCCAUUUUUCCCUCCAGAACACACAAGUUCAUUAUUUUUUUUUUUUUCGCGGAAAUUCAAUUCUGCCGUUUGUUCGAGUUUCAUUUACAGAAGUUUGCAUCCUUAAGACAAGUUAGAAUUUCUUUUGAUUUUUUUUUAUUUCCCUAUCAAUUUAGUUCUUUAUCAUUCAGAUGCUAAUAUUUUUGUCAAGUGAUUAUAAAAAAUUCGAUUUUUGAAGUGGUAGAAUAAUAAUUUUGUUUAUUUUUUUUUCGUUUUUUUUUUGUUUACUAUUUUUAAUCAAAUGCACGUGUAUAUUUUUUAUUCUCAAUGAGAAUUUCAUGAAAUCUGUUUGGUCUGCCAAAGAAUGAUAAAUAUGAAAAAAGACUGGACAUUUAUGAAACAUUUGAAAAUGAAAAAGAAAGAUAAUAAUAGAAUUUCAAUUAAAAUAAAUAAUAUUUAAAGAUUUAUUUUAAUAAUACGAGGCAGUUUUGUAAAUCGCUAAUUAAACAAAUAUCUAUGACGAAUGUAUAGAAAAUGUGAUUAUUCUUUUUUUUUAAUGUAAUAAUAAUAAUAACAAUAAUAAUGAAAGAACAUCUACACACUUUCAAAUUAUAAGUA